UCUACUUAGGAUAUAUAUGUCCUCCGUUUGAAGUGUUUGGUUUGAUCUUGGAUCUUCCGACUUCCAGGCUUGCUUAAACAGAAGGGGUGUAUUACACUGUAUAAGUAAAUCGAAUCUGAAAAUUAUGUACUGAAUUGCACAAAGGAUUUUCAGUGUUGCAGAACUGGAAGGCUACAUGUAUUAUUAACUUCUCACUCAGCAAGCCUUACAUCCUCGCCCAUUGAUCACCAAUAAUGGGGUGUUAUAUGACACAGCUUAACCAGUCAGGACAGCCGUAUACUGCACCUAGGUCGACUUAUACAUUGGCUCGAGCUGUCUGUAUGAAGGAAAAAAACCCUGAGCAAAUGAUGGCCGAGAGCAAGCAGAAUCGGGAUGAUGUUCUCACAUGUUCUAUAUGUAUGGAAACAUUCCGGGAACCAGUAAUGCUACCGUGUCAGCACAGUUUUUGUAAAAAAUGCAUUGGUUUGUAUGCUGACAAGUCCAAAUCUGUGCAGAUAGAUGAGACCUCCGACAGCAGGGGGAAUGAUGACGCUCAUCUGAUAGCAUGCCCUGUGUGUCGGGCACCAACGAAUCUGGGAAGAGAAGGUGUGGCUGGACUGGCGCCUAACUUUCAUCUGGCAGAAAUGGUGGAGAGGUUCUCUACUGCUGUUAAGGUUGAGGAAGAGAUCCCAUAUUGUUCUCUGUGUGAGGAGGACAAUCAUGCUAAAGCUGUCAAGUUUUGCACCAUCUGUGGUGUGUUCUACUGUCAGGAAUGUCUUGCUAUUUGUCACCCAAUGAAGGGGCCCCUGAAACGUCACAGACUGAUUUCGUCCCAGGAAUACCUCUCCCAGGAAACCUCACAGGGUCAAGUCAGCAGGGACCAACAAUCAACUCAGCAGCCGUCAUGUGCUAGACACGGUCAGCCGUUCAUCAUGUACUGUGAACCGUGUCGGAUGGUGAUCUGUGUGGUGUGUUUGGUUGAGCAUCCGGGACAUGCUAUGCGGGAUAUACCAUCUGCAGCUGAGAAUGACAAGCCAGUUGUUUUGAACAAGACGAGUGAACUGGAGAAAGUGCUACAAGAAACUAAAGAAUCACUGUCAGGAGUUAUGAGGCUGCACAAUAAGAUACAGGAAAACCAGGAACUUCACACUCAGGAGGUAGAAAAGGCUUAUUGUGCAGCCUUGGAAGCUUUACAAGCAUGGAAACAACAGUCCUUAGAUGGUAUAAAAACCCGCUAUUCACAGUGGAGCGUGGAGUGUAGCGCUAUACUCAAACAUUUUCAGCUACAUACCCAGGAAAUGGAGAGGAUGGUACAGGCUUCCAAAGAUUUGUUAGCGUCAAUGGACGUCGAGUUUUUGCAGGGUUAUACAGACUUCACCAAAACAGUUGAUGACCAGCUGAAUGAUACAAGAACAGAUCUGGAGAGACAUGAGGUCAGCAAACAGAAGCUUCUAGAUUCUGUACAACAUGACCACGUUGUCCCUAGACAGGUGACUGUAAAAGAGACAGUGCAAGAACGUCAGGACUUAGAAAGAGCUGUCGGUGGACAAAUAUCACCCCUACGUGUUACAAAGCCGACGCUGAGAUUCACAGAGACAGACGACAGUGAGCUGAGAAUUACUGACAGCGGCUGUAUAGUAGAGGGUAAGGACUUGUCCCAGGGGAGGUGGUGGAGAGCUGUGACAGACGGGCGUUACCAGACGGGCAGGUACUACUGGGAGAUACACAUCACCUGUUCACAUCGCUGUUACUGUUACUGUUGUGUAGGAGUGAGACAGGAGAGGUGUGGUGUGAGUGGGGAGACAGACGCUGGCCGUAACACCUGGUAUAUUUGGAUGGACUACAGUGGUGAUGAGGUCUUGUGUUAUAGUCACAGUGGUGGUGGUGAUGAUGAGAUCAGACCUGACUAUCGACAAUGGAGACGUUACACACGACCUCAUCACCUGGGUGUGUACCUGGACUGUGAUGACCACACACUGACAGUCCUGGACUGUGACAACAACCAGGUAAUGUACACUGUCAGUGAUGUUGUCGUCACAGAGCCUCUCGUGCCAUGGGUUGAGUUUUAUGUCUGGUCUGGAUCUGUGUCUGCUCGUCUGGUAACGGGUGACUCUGCAACUCUGCCUCCAGUUCUCUGUGAUAUGAUAAGCACUUCCUGACCAUCGGGUAAUUAUUCAUUACAUCUUUUAUAGUUUGUUGAAAUAGACUUUGAUUAGGUUUUUUUUUUAACAAACUGACCAAUUUGCGUAUAGAUGUUUUAGUUAAUUCAUCAGUGUGGCUAAUUCAGUAUGUUUAGUUUCCUCUGCAAAGUGGUCAGUGAUCUGUCACAAGCUUACAACUUGGUGUAGUUAUACACAGUCUGUCUGACUUCUCCUGAACAUCAGUGUCAGUUUUCUUCCAGACAAAAUACAUGUAGAUAAUGACUAGGUAGUUUUAUUUUUAGUAAUGGUGACUUGUAAAUCAGCAUAAUCAAGAGUGUCACUGAGCAAAACAGGUCACGGUUUAUACAUGGUAUUACAUAUAGUCAACAUGGUACAUGUAGUAAUUCUUGUUGUGUUAUGUAACUUUAGUUUCGAAGAAAAAAAAAUGAGAGAUAUGUCCUUUACCCCUUUAGGUUAGACGCGAACAUUGAUUUUCCUGAAUACUUAUGUAGCAAAUCUUCAACUUCUGCAAUAUAUAUAUACCCUAACUUUCACGUGGUACCUUGCCAUACCUCCACAUGUAGCUUGCACUUUUGUCAACAACAUUCUCAGCUACCAUUUUGUUUUUUUUGUUUAGCUUUAGUGGCUGAAAGUGAAGUCAUAACAUUUUCUUAUCUUGGUAACCUCUAGAGAGGUGGGUAAUAUUUGUUUAUUGAUUUAUUUUUUUAUUUAUUUGAUUGGUGUUUUACGCCGUACUCAAGAAUAUUUCACUUAUACGAUGGCGGCCAGCAUUAUGGUGGGAGGAAACGGGGCAGAGACCGGGUGAAACCCACGACCAUCGGCAGGUUUCUUACAGACCGUCCUAUAUACAGAGGUGGGUAAUAACACUGAGUUAAAAGUUUUCUGUUCUAUCCAAAUAAAAUUCGGAUGUUUGAUGCAAUGUAGCACAGCAGAAAUUUAUAGUGUAUGAACAACUUAAAUGCCUCUGUGUCAGGUUUAUCCAGUCAGUCCUCCGACUUCAGCUCGGAAGCAAAUCUUGGACCCAUUUUCCCGAAUUUCACACCUAUGUAACCUAUAAAUAGGACAAAGAUAAUUU